UCAAUCUGUGCCACAAACAUCAAAGUUAACAGGUGAAUCACAAAGCCAACUGCAACAUUCAAACAGAUGGUAACUUGUGUUGCAGAGCUGCUUGAGCUGCACCAGAAUGAUCCACAUGCUGUUGUUGUGGUUGUAUUUAAGUGCUGGACUCACAGUGUCUUCUUCUCUUUGGAUUCUGCACCAAGAUCUGAACUGCACUCAGUCUGGUCUUACCCACUGCACAAUCAAGAACUGCUCAGAUGAACGAGUGGCCGUACACCGUGCUCCUGUUGGCCCAGAGUGGGGUCCUGAGAAUGUAAAGGUUGAGUUUGACAAACAUCGGUUUGUCCCUGUUUUCAGGGUGACAUGGAAACUAAAGUCAGAUGCAGGUAUCCUCUCCCUUAGUGGAUCAGAGAUAACUAUUCUGGAUGAAAGUGCAAAUCAGAGUAUAUGUGUGCAGUUUUCUUACAAAAUCCAUCAGCAGCUGAAUCCAAACCAUGAGAGGUGGACAUUUUCACUGGAUGUCGUUGUUCAGCCAAAGCAUACAUAUAUGGUGUCAGUUAUCAAUUUGCCACAACCUCAGCAUGAAGACUACAGGAUCAGUAAAACAAUCAUCCUCCCAGGUUGUGAUGAUAGAAGAAUCCAAACAGCCCUAGUGUGUCUUGAAAAUGGGAGUCUAUGGGUGCCUCAUGAGGCCGCUGCCAUGUCUGUUGAUAGCGAAAAUAAAAAGUUGUUAGUUACUAUUGGUUUUAAAACAGCACAAUAUUCAGAGAGAUACCAAGUCUCCAUCCAGAGCCAGGAUUUACAUUUUUCAAAGAACAUCUCAAAGGAGAAUGGCACUUCACUAAAUGUGAUGUUUGAGAUCGAUUUGUGGCAGAUCUCACACUGUGACACACUGUUGUUAUCUAUUCAGCCGUUUUUUAUACGAUGCAAAAAUGGCUGCGAGUGCCACAAGAAAACGAUCAGUUGCCCUUAUUAUCCACCGCGGAAUUCAAUCACAAAGUCAGUUGUAGGACUGCUUGUUGUUGGUUGUCUUUUUUAUUUACUGUGGAGAGCAUCUCAUAAAGAUUCUGGCAACACAUCAUCAUCAGCUGCUAAAGUGCAACCAGUGGGUUUUCAAGUGCAAAUGAGAAAACGAGUCCUCAUCAUCUACUCCCGUGACCACCCGUUAUACAAAAACAUUGUUCUCAACCUCUGUGGUUUCCUGGCUACAAAAUGUGGUACAGAGGUGGUCCUGGAUCUGCUGGACUCUGCCAGGCUGGGAGUGUUGGGCAGAAUCCAGUGGUUGGACUGGCACAGAGAACAAAUAGAAAGCUCUUCAGAUAAAAUACUAAUUCUGUGCUCACCAGGAGUACAGGCCAAAUGGAGAGCCAUGUGCGGUGACAAAGGUGUUUUUCUGAGAGAGGAAGUCCACUCACCUGUGGGCGACAUGCUCACUCUAGCCCUUUCCCUUUUGGUCCCCCAUUUCAUCCGAUCUACAUCCUUUGAAAAAUACAUAGUGGCGUAUUUUGAUGGCAUCUGCUCAGAAGAGGACGUUCCGUCACCAUUCAACAUGACAGUUCGGUACAAGUUGAUGAAACAGUUUGAGGAGCUCUUUUUCAGGAUCCUGGACACAGAGAAACAUGAACCAGGCAGAGUGAAUCACAUUGAAGGUCUGUCCCAAGACGAUUAUCACCAGUGUCCCACAGGUAGAGCUCUGCAGGAUUCUAUAGAAGCUUUCCAAGCAUAUCAGCUGGAGCAUCCUCAGUGGUUUGAAGAUGAACUAUUGGAGACCUCAGAGCUUGUAGAUGAAGAAACCUGCGUAUGAUUAUAACAUCAUAAUCAUAUAUGAGUCAUCGGCCAUUUAAAGAUCCUGUUUUCACUGCAGACAAAUCAGGACAUAACUUUACAACAACUCCUUGGCUGAGGACCUGCAGCAGUGAUGAGAACACAUUACAACACUGACAUUACAAGGACAACUGAGACCUGCUGAGAGAAAUUCACAGUUUAUCUCCAAAUGAAGAUAUGCAAUCAAACACACUCAUAUUUUAUGAAGUCGGAUCACGUAUAGAAAUAUAUAUCACUCCUUUGCAACCUUCAAAAAAAUACAUACUGUAUAUGUAUAUAUUGGUACACAAAUGUGCUUUGGUUUUAUUUAGCGUGUUGUACAGUAUUCUAUGUCUGUUUGCAUUCCGUAGUGUAGAAUAUCACUCACUUGCACCAGGAGACAGUUGCAGACACCAGUUGAGAGUAUGGCGAUCUGUGGUUGAUGCUUGUGGUAUGUGUAAACAGUGUUGAGGUCAAAGUUCAGCCUUCUGGCCAAAGUUUCCAGCAUUUUUGUUGCAAUAGGGAAGGUAAGCACAAAAAUCUGUGUGUGGAGACACUGUUUUUAACAAUGAAUAUAAUAUGUAAUUAGACUUUUUUUUAUAUCUGAAAGCAUGGAUUGUUGUCAAUAUUUUACCACAUGUGAAAUGUUACAUACAGUGCAGAAUUUCAAGGUUAAAUGUGAGAACUUCUUUAUUGCAGCUUUGAAAUUGUUUUAAUAUGAUUCCAGUAUUGUAUAUGUUUGUUGUUUGUUAUUGGCAAUCUCACUAUAGCAGAAUUUUUUUUCUGUUUUAUGAAUCAAGCCUCUGUGUUAAGUAGGUGAAAAAUAUACUAAUACAGACUGUGA